CCCCCGUCCCCAUCUCGCACCCUCAACUCACCCACACAUCAUGGGUAUCUCGCGCGACAGCCGCCACAAGCGGGCCGCCACGGGCGCGCGCCGCGCCUACUACCGCAAGAAGCGCCAGUUUGAGAUGGCUCGCCAGGCCUCCAACACGCGCAUUGGCCCGAAGCGCAUCCACACUGUGCGUGUGCGCGGCGGCAACAUCAAGCACCGUGCCCUGCGUCUGGAGAGCGGCAACUUCGCUUGGGGCUCGGAGCACCUGACUGCCAAGACGCGCAUUCUCGGCGUCGUGUUCAACGCGUCGAACAACGAGCUUGUGCGCACCAACACGCUGGUGAAGAACGCCAUCAUCCAGGUCGACGCCACGCCCUUCCGCCAGGCGUACGAGAAGCACUACGGCAAGCCGGUGACGAGCAAGAAGCGUGCCGCCGCCGCCGGUGCCGCCGAGACGGAGGAGGUCAAGAAGUCGAGCCACGUGACGCGCACGCUCGCCGAGCGCCAGAAGGACGCCAAGAUCGACCCGCUCGUCGAGCAGCAGUUCGGCGCCGGCCGUCUCUACGCCGCCAUCUCCAGCCGCCCGGGCCAGAGCGGCCGCGCCGACGGCUACAUCCUCGAGGGCGCCGAGCUCGAGCACUACCUCCGUCGCCUGCGCGCCAAGGGUGGUGCCAAGCACGGCUAAAUGCAUUGCCCGUCUCGCCUUCCGUCCCUGCCUCGCACAUGGGUGGCUUUGCGCGCGUGAUGGAGAGUCCGCAGGGUUGUGUGCGUCCUGCGAAACCUCUUCUUUGCGUCGUGAGUUGCCUCUCUCUUGUACUAUUCCACUCUCCCUCUGGCAUCAAAGCAAGUCCACCCGCUCUGGUGUCCACCCCCUUCUCGUCACAUGACACACACACACACAUACGCACUGCACACACACACCACACACACCCAUAGGGCUGCGCGUCGCCGAGUGAAGGCACGCAACGCUGCAAAAGAUGACUCAGU